AUGGCAUUAGUUCAGUUAUUAAUGGUAUUUUCCACAAUAAUUUCUUCAGAUGAGAUCAAAUUUAAAUAUAACCUCAAGAAUUAUGGCAGAAUUUUCUUCGGAAUCAUAACAGUACCAAAUUCUACACGCAGAAGCCUUCCAUGGGAUAUAUGGAUGAAAAAAGUUAAUGAUGACGGCUAUCACAAAGCUGUUUUUCUCUCUCCAGUUCAGAAAGAUUACCCGGAUUACUACCUAGAACCACCACCAUACUAUGAUAAAUUCCUCCAAAUCAAUCACUCGUGGCUAGAAGAUAGAGAUCGUGGAAUAAAAAGAGUUGUCGGUGUAAAAUACUUCGUAGAGAAUACAAAUUUUGAUUGGUAUUGGUCUCUUACAGAUGAUGUUACAGUUGACAUUGAAGAAACACAAAAAUAUAUUGCUGAACUCGAGAAUACAACCAAGCCACGAAAUGAAAUUGUCUUAAAAGGCCAUUGCAUUUGUGCUCAUAAGCCAACUAGAAUAUACUUACAAGGAGGUGUUGGAUACCUCUUUGGAAGAUAUGCUGCUGAGUAUUUUAACGAGAAAGGUGAUGAAUGGAUUGAUUCAAUGACAAAAUGGGAUGAUGGGCAUCUACAGACGCUUCUACAUUGGCUAAAAUUAAGCAUAAAAGCUAUUUCAUCUCACAGAUUUUAUGGAGUUGAUGCAGAAGUAUUGACAAACAAAAAGAAGUUCAAAAUUUGCCCAGAAAAUGUUGAAAAAACAAGAUGCGGAUAUAAUGCACUCUAUCCAUUCAAAGAUGUCAUUGCAAUUCAUUCAAAUAGCAAAACAAAUUUGACAUUAGUGAAUAAUAAGAUGAAAGAGUUGAAAGAAAAUAAUCAAAACAUAUAUUAUUACUUUAAAGAACCUUAUAAGAUUAUUCCCUGCCGCAAAUUUAAUUGA